CAGUCCUAUGUUUUUCCGAAUAAAUUGUUUGUUUAAAUCGUUUGUUCGAAGCUCAAACUAGAGUAAGAGUUUAUUUUACGAUUCCAGAGUCGUCCAACUUUUCGCUCUAUUGUCGUUCUCAUCCAGACAAGACUUAUCCCCAAAGCAUGUAGGCCUAUCUGAUCAUAAACCGUUUUUUUUAUUUAGUUAAGUUAAUAGUUUAUCCGUUUAGAAUCGGUUAAACGAUGAACGUUAUUAUUUUUAAGACCCCGUUUUCUCUCCCUGUAGAAAUAACAGUCGGAUGUAGUUAGAAACGGAUUUUUUGUUGUCGUUAUGAUUUCUCCUUGUAGCAAUGAUCACAUCAAAAUACAUUUGAUUGGAUCACGUGUACCGCCACUGGAGUGACUGACAGGCCGUCUCUGUCUGAAGCCCAGGUGUGCUGUAAGGCGUGACAGCCUGAUCUGGUCCUACGACUGCCCAACACAACUGGCCAACCUAGAUCCCUCCGUGCAGUAACACUCUACAGGCCAGAGGCUAGCUAGGGCACAACAACACAGAGUGUGAUCCUCUCCACACUACUUAGUGUGCAUCUGUAUGUGACUGAGAGGGAGAUACUGAGUACCCGUGUGUGACUGCACUGUAUUUGAGGAUAUUCUCCCAGAGGACCCGGUCCUUCCCUACGUCGACAUCAAGAUGAACGUGACGUCGCUAUUCUCCUUCACCAGCCCGGCGGUGAAGAGGCUGCUGGGAUGGAAACAGGGGGAUGAGGAGGAGAAGUGGGCGGAGAAGGCAGUGGACGCCCUAGUGAAGAAACUGAAGAAGAGGAAGGGAACGAUGGAGGAGCUGGAGAAGGCUCUCAGCUGUCCCGGACAGCCCAGUAAGUGUGUGACCAUCCCUCGGUCGUUGGACGGUCGUCUCCAGGUAUCCCAUCGUAAAGGUCUCCCCCACGUCAUCUACUGCAGAGUGUGGAGGUGGCCCGACCUACAGUCUCAUCAUGAACUCAAGGCCUUGGAGUGCUGCCAAUUCCCCUUCACGGCCAAACACAAAGAUGUCUGUAUCAACCCCUACCACUAUAAGAGAGUGGACAGUCCUAUGCUGCCCCCUGUCCUGGUCCCUAGGAACAGUGACCUCACAGCGAGGCCGGGGAUGCAGCCCCGUUACCAUGGCGCCAUCGACCAGAACGAGCCUCUCAUGCCCCACAACGCCACUUUCCCAGAAUCCUUCCCUCCAGGCGGGGGCGGCAACGGAGGGUUGGCGUUCCCUUGUUCCCCUGGCAACAGCUUCCCCAGUUCGCCCGGCAGUGGGUCCAGCAGCAUCUCCGCGUUCCCCCACUCCCCACUUAGCUCCGACCCAGACAGCCCCUUCCAUGUCCCGGCUGACACCCCGCCCCCAGCCUACAUGCCUCCAGAUGAUUAUCUGAUUCAGGACUGCUCCCAGCCAAUGGAAACCAACCUCCUCGCCAUGCCAACCGGCCUAGAUACCAACAACAGGCCAGAUGUUCAGCCAGUAGCCUACGAGGAACCAAAACACUGGUGUUCUAUAGUGUACUAUGAGCUGAAUAACCGCGUGGGUGAGGCGUACCUGGCGUCAGACUCCAGUGUUCUGGUCGACGGCUUCACCGACCCGUCCAAUAACCGCAACCGCUUCUGCCUCGGCCUGCUGUCUAACGUCAACCGCAACUCGACCAUAGAGAACACACGCAGGCACAUCGGCAAAGGUGUCCAUCUCUACUACGUAGGAGGUGAGGUGUAUGCAGAGUGUCUGAGUGACACCAGUAUCUUCGUUCAGAGUCGUAACUGUAACUAUCAUCACGGUUUCCACCCCACCACGGUGUGUAAGAUCCCUAGUGGCUGCAGUCUGAAGAUCUUUAACAACCAGGAAUUUGCCCAGCUACUGGCCCAGUCAGUGAACCACGGCUUUGAGGCUGUUUACGAGCUCACCAAGAUGUGUACCAUACGCAUGAGCUUCGUCAAGGGUUGGGGUGCAGAGUACCACCGCCAGGACGUCACCAGCACCCCCUGCUGGAUAGAAGUGCACCUGCACGGCCCUCUACAGUGGCUGGACAAAGUCCUCACACAGAUGGGCUCUCCCCAUAACGCCAUAUCCUCCGUGUCCUAACACACACACAGCCUCUCGACGCCACAUGUUCAAAUUGUUUUUUGUAACUUCUUUUUUUAUUUUUUCAAAUCUGCUGAGAGAGAGAGAGAAAAAACACAAUGUUAUUCAUCAUCCCAUAUUACAAUAUCUGUCUUGACUGGAGUAGCCUAGAGAACCAGCUAUGGAUAGCUAGGCUAAUUGAGGCCACAUGCUGCAAUUUCUCCCCAACCCCAUUCAGAUGAAAACAUCAGCCUACCUAUCGGUUACUCCCAACCCCAUUCAGGUGAAAACAUCAGCCUACCUAUCGGUUACUCCCAACCCCAUUCAGAUGAGAAAACAUCAGCCUACCUAUCGGUUACUCCCAACCCCAUUCAGAUG